AUGCUGCGGUCGACAGGACAUUUGCGGGUGCUUCAGGUGCACGGGAGGAGUGCUCAUGCGGGCCUGCGAACAGGUGGUGCCCGGCUUGAUCGCCUCACUUUAACGCGCAAGCAGGCAUUGCCAUCCCUCUCACACUUUCCCUUGCGACCAAAGACAGCGCUGCUCGCGACCCGACACUUGUCCCUCACCCCUCGCCGUUUCCAGCAGUCUCCCCUCCCUGACCCUCCUCGACCCGCAUCCUCUGCCUCUCCCGAAUUUUCACCGGCUUCCUUCUCACGCCGAGCAAAGGCAGAACGGCGACUGUCCCAGCUACAACGCGACAUUGCUCUCGUCCUCUCCCGGCGACUGCACCUUGGCGGCCUGCGCGCCUUUCGCUCGCGCUUCAAGCGGCCAACUCGUCGGCAACGCAUCCUCCUCCUUCUCGGCCUCGCCCUCGCCGUCUUCAUCACUGCCUACAACCUCUCCAUCUCGUUCCGUCACGGCGUGAUCGCCGUCGAGCGGUGUGCGACAAUCGCAUGGGCUGUCGUGCGCGCAAUCAUCGACUACAAGCUCCUGUUCCGCAAGUCGUGGCCCGAGACGGAGGAGGGGCUGAAGCAACGACAUGAAGAUUACGAGAACACGCAUUGGACGGCGGCUGUGCGGCUGAGGGAAGCGCUCAAGAAGCUCGGCGGUGUCUACAUCAAGCUCGGCCAGCACCUCUCGACCGUCCAGCUCGUCCCCCUCCCCUGGUCUCAAGCGAUGAAGCCCCUUCAAGACCAAUGCUUCCCGACGCCCCUCGACGAGCUCCAAGCGCUCUUCCUCUCCGAGACGGGCGCGCCGAUGUCGUUCUUCUUCAGCUCGUUCGACCCGGAACCGAUUGGAGUCGCGAGUUUGGCGCAGGUUCAUCGUGCGGUGGACAGGGAGAGCGGCAGGCUUGUGGCGGUCAAGUGCAUGCACCCUGACAUCGAAGAAUUCUCCGCCAUCGACAUGCGCACGACCACUUUCCUCCUCGGCGUCGUCAAGCGCAUCUUCCCGACCUUCGAAUUCACCUGGCUCGGCGAAGAGAUGGAGCACAACUUGCCGCUCGAGAUGGACUUCCGACACGAGGCUGCGAACGCGGCACGCUGCAAGAAGGAUUUUGCGGACGUGGAGAAGACGGCUUUCGUCAUUCCCGACGUUCUCUGGGCGAAGAAGCGCGUGAUGGUCAUGGAGUUCAUCAAGGGCGGCCGCGUCGACGACGCCGACUGGUUCGAGCGGCACCACAUCGACCGCAACCAAGUCAGCCGCGAGAUUGCACGCAUCACCUCUCGCAUGAUCUACAUCACCGGCUUUGUCCACGGCGACCUGCACGCGGGCAACCUGCUCAUCCGCCCGGCGCUCGCCAACACCCGCUCGCCCUACAACUUCGAAGUCGUCCUCCUCGACCACGGACUGUACUUUGACCUCGCCGACGACUUGCGCGUCAACUAUGCGCGAUUCUGGCUCUCGUUGAUGGAGGCGCCAUCGCCCAAGACUGAAGCCGCGCGACGAAAGUACGCCAAGCUCGUCGCGAACAUCGACGACGCGCACUACCCGCUCUUCCAGGCUGCCAUCACGGGCCGCGCGGCGCUCGAGGGUGCGGUGCCAGACGAGGGCGAGGACGGACCGAAGAGGCGCGGGUCGAUCCUCGAUUUGGGCGAAAACACGGACGACGAACGCAAGCUCAUGCGGAAGGCGAUGGUGCAGCAGGAGGGACUGAUGGAGGCGCUGUUUGAGAUUCUGCGGAGUGUGCCGAGGCGGCUGGUCUUGGUCUUCAAGGUCAACGACUUGAACCGAUCUCUUGACCUCGCCCUGCAGACAACACACUCGCCUCUGCGGGUCUUCCUGAUCAUCGCGCAGUACUGCAACCAGGCGAUCCGGCUCGACGACCUCGCGCACAUCCCGCCCCUCUCGUUCAUCAACCGCCUCCGCUCGUGGUGGCGCUACCAGUCAUGGAAGGUGACGCUGUUCGUAUAUACGGUUGGAGCGGAGGGCAAGACGCGGUGGGACCGGUUGAUGGGCAGGAAGCGGCAGGGACUUGCGCUGCCAGUGUAG